AUGGCGGUAUCAUGGGGGACGAUCAAGUCCCUCGUCAUCUUCUUCGGGCCCAUGCUCCUCCCUAAGGCCAUAACCUGGUUCAACGCGCGCGCCGCCCAGCGCAACCCAAAGCAGCCCAUCCGGCCCCUGCCCACCCGCACGCUCGCCGCCGUCAUCCUCCUCGCCGCAGCGGCGUCCCUCCUCGCGGCCAGCACGCUGCCCAUUCUGGCGCCCGAGAACGUCUUCGCCGUGACGCGCUCGAACCCGACCUCUUCCAACAACCUGAUCCUCUCGCGGCUGUCGUCGCUGCGCGCCCUGACGCCCAGGGAUAACGUCCUGCACGACAAGUUCGAGUCGCGCGCCUCCAAGCUGCUUUACUACAAGUACGGCCCGGACGCCCUCGUCGACUGCCCCUUCUGCAACUCCAACGAGCCCACGACCUACCUCCUGUACGCCGCCCCGGCCAUCGCCGCCGUCCACCUGCUCAAUGCCGCGCUCCUCGGAGCCGGCACGUCGGCCUGGCUGACGGGGAAGGAGGGUUCGCAGUGGCGAUCGCUGGCAGCCUACGCGGCGGUCGGCGCCGCGGCCCUGGACGUCUACCUCCUGGCGACCUGGGACCACGUGGCGGGCAACGAGAAGGCCCGCGUGCUGGGCGAGGUGACCUUUUUCCACUGGCGGGCGCGCGCGCUGCGGCACCUGGGGCUGGCGGCGCUGGACGUGCUCGUCGCCGGCGCGCUGUGGUUGAGCGGCACGCGGCGCAUGUUCCCCGUGGCGCGGACCGUCUCGGAGUGCGUCGACGGCGUCACCGCCGGCCUGGCCAAGACGCGCAACCAGCUGCACGCCGCGGGUGUCAUCAAGAACACCACCGCUAGGGACGGUGAGCUGAGGGCCGCCGAGGCGAGGUACUGGGCCCACGAGGCUAUAAUCAUGUCUGAGGCCAUGGAGAGCGAGGAGGUCGUGGGCAGCAUGCGCGACGCUGUGGAGAACAGGCGGGUCGACCUGGAUAAUAUCGGGCAGGUUGCCGAGACGUACGCUCGCGAUGUGUUGCAGCAGGCCAUGACAUGA